UUUGUUGCAGGCAUCAGUCCCGCGAGAGGGGUUUCGGGGAAGAAUGACGCCCCUACUGACAGCUGCGCUCGCGCACCGUCUUACAGACUUUCGCAGUCUACCCCCGGUACCAUGGCGUCUGGUGAGGAGGACGGAGCGGUGGAGGAGAAAGAAUCUAACAACAAAAAGCGGACGAAAGGCGCUAUUGCUACCACGUGGCUCACGUUCUACAACAUCGCCAUGACGGCCGGGUGGCUGGUGCUGGGUGUUGCAAUGAUGCGGUUCUAUCUCCAGAAAGGCACACAUAAGGGCUUGUACAAAAGCAUAGCAAGGACACUUAAGUUCUUCCAGACAUUUGCUCUGCUAGAGGUUGGUCACUGUGCAACUGGACUUGUGAGGACAUCUGUGAUUGUGACUGGGGUCCAAGUGAGCUCUCGGAUAUUCAUGGUUUGGUUCAUCACGCAUAGUAUCAGACAGGUCCAGAAUCAGGAGAGUUUGAUACUGUUCCUGGUAGCAUGGACGGUCACAGAGAUCACACGUUACUCUUUCUACACCUUCAGUCUCCUCAAGCAUCUGCCAUACUUCAUCAAAUGGGCCAGGUAUAACUUGUUUAUUAUCAUGUAUCCUCUGGGUGUGAUUGGUGAACUGAUGACCAUAUAUGCUGCUCUGCCAUAUGUUCGGAAGUCGGGCAUGUACUCCUUAAGGCUCCCAAACAAGUACAAUGUCUCCUUUGACUAUUACUACUUCCUCAUCAUCGUAAUGCUCUCCUACAUCCCACUGUUUCCUCAGCUCUUCCUCCACAUGCUACGUCAGAGGAGAAGAGUGUUGCAUGGAGAAGUUAUAGUGGAAAAGGAUGAAUAGAGAGAGACUACAGCUGGCCCCCAGGCAGUAGUGCUCAGAAAACUAACAGCCAUCAGUCCAUGGUGAAGAAAGGAUCAAUCAACUAGGCUGUGCCUCUGUCUCUCGGCAACAAGCUAAAGCCAUCAUAUAAAAAAAAAAUAUUAAAAAAAAAUGAAAUACUUCAGAAACUAUCUAGUACAACAUCCUAUCUGUGGCUCUGGAGGCAAGCUCCACCAGACUUGAAAACAAGAUGGUUUUUAUUUGGAUGGAAAACACCAUCAGUAUAGUCACCAAAUUCGUCCAGAGUACCUACAAAAAAACAAACUUUAUUCUUUGAGAUUCAUAAGAAAAUUGAAUAUUUACCAAAUAAAGUGGAAAAAAAAAACAUUAGGAAAUUUCCCAGAACAUUUCCCCCUUUAAUUGUUCAAUUAAAAUUUCACCCACAAGAAGUUUACUUUACAUGGGGUGAAACCCCCAAACACAAGGUUUGGUUCUUUAAUAAACAUAAAUAAUUGGGCAUAAAUGUUCUCCUGCAUUUAUAUUUAUUUUUUAAAAAGUUUUCUUUACAGUAUCUGCACACUGCUUCUAUGUUAAAAGAUGGUCCAAUCUGGUCCAAGUUACAUUUUCAGAAUCUUGUGUUAGUGCUGUUGUUUUGUUCAUGUUUGAAAUGUAAAUACAUGAGUGUGGUGCCAGGACAAAGGGAACGAAAAAUGUUUCAAUGUUUUUGAAAUAUUUUUUUAUACCUUGACUGCACUAUGACUCUUUAUCCUGCUUCAGUGUUUAAUGCUGCAAACUAGAGUUUCAAAACUGGUGAAAUUUGUCCAGAGAUAGCUAAAAAAGAGCAGCUCUGUUCUGAGUAGCUCAAGGACUUUUGGUUAAACCUGUUCUGAAUCCUGACUAGUUAGUCUUCAAACCCUUUGCUUUGAAUUGUGUUUUGGGCCAUUCCAUAUCAAAGUACUUAGUCUAGACACCAGCACAGAAUUUGGAACCACACCACUAGAAAAUCCAAACUCAUACCAAAUACCCUGGAUAUACACGUUUUGUAUGAUGAAAGUUUACUACAUGGAAAGAAAAAUGUAAAUAUGAAAUGGCCAUUUUGUUUUCAGUAUUUAAAUCUCAGGAUUUUUUUUUUUUUUUUAAUCACAUUUAGAGCAGUUUUCUAGAAUUAAUUUCAAUACAGUAAGCCAAAAACUGAGCCUCGUAAUAAAGACAGAAACAUUCGUAUUAAAAUAACAUGCUAUUUCACAAUUGCUGAAAUUAACACAUUUUUUAAAUAAACUUGGGCAACCCAUUGCAAAUA